AUGAGCUCCUCCGACGAUGAGGAUCUUCAAAGAGCUAUCGCACUGUCUUUGGGGCAGCUCGACGGCGCUGCUGAGGACGAGCGCGCGUCGGCAGCUGACAACAACACGAGUGAAGCUCCACCCGCGCCCACACCCGCUGCAGCUGCCAACCAACCACAGCUCGUUAGUACCCGCGCCGUCAAUGAAAGCCUGAAGCACCUCGAUCGCAAGCAGCUCGAGGCAGAGCGCCUUGCCCGCCAGAGGGCUCGCAAACACCAGCUGUCGGGCGGCGACUCUGCACCGUCCAGCCAGGAAAGCGGAAGGGUGUCCAAGAAGGCGCGCACCGAAGCCAGCGCCGCCUCGUCUCAGGAAACUGAAGUUGUCGACCUCACCACGCCUCCGCGCUCGCGCAAGGAUACAGCGCGUCCUAAGAAGGGUCGUGCCGAUCGCGAACCAUCCGUGCCGAAGUCGCCGACUGCGCAGUCUCAAGGACAGGCAAUUCGAGACAUCCUCCAAAAUGAUGCCGGGGUUUCCGUCCCACGUGAAACCGCAAACAGGCCGGGCCCAGCUUCAUCCCGCAGGAUCACAGAGCCGCAAUAUCUGGAUGGCGCAGUCAAAAGGACUUGGUCCCUUGGAUAUCCCCGGGACAAUGAUAUCAAAAUCGAGGAAGUGCUACAGAAGGCCGACUUGGAUCAUCUACUCGUCAGUUCAUUCAAUUUCGAUACGGAAUGGUGGAGCACCAAGAUCGAUUCCAAGGUCACAAAACAGACUUGGAUUGUUGGCUCUUCCAAUGAGGAAGUGGCGGCGGAAUGGAAUAUGGCCCCUGUUUUGUAUGAAAACGUAUCAAUCAGUCUGGCUGAUAUGAAGGGCGUCAACGGCAAUUACCACGCCAAAUUAUGGGACUGGGGCGAGUCGGGCAGAAUGGAAAAUACGGUAUUCCUCAUCGAUCUCCCGCGCCUCCCAGAUGGUCAGACUACGUCCGAGGAUGACUUCACACCUUUCGGGAAGGAGCUGCGAUACUACAUACAAUCGGUCACGCACCGGCCCAACCUCUGCAACAGUCUCCUCAAAUUCGAUUGGUCCCGCACCAAGCACCUAGCUUUUGUGCAUUCCUUAGGAGGUCCAAGAACUGGCGAGGAUGCUCAGCGCACCGGUCUCCCAGGGCUUUCUCGGGCAAUCAGGCAGCUCAAUCUAGACUCGACAGUGCUUGAGGUCGACUACGCUACAUCCUCUCUGGGCGCAUUGAGCAGGGGCUUCAUGAAGCAGCUUCUCACUGCAGCUAAGGGCGAGGAGGUCACGGUCACAAAAGAGAAGUUCGACGGUGACGUGAAGAUUAGGGAUCUCUUGAAGGGCUUCCGAGUGUAUUUCCCUACAUUUGACACCGUCAAGGAAAGCAAGGGCGGCACAGACGCCGGGGGUACCAUUACAUUUUCCAAGAAAUGGUACGAGGCCAUGAGCUUUCCUAAAUCGUCGAUGCACGAUCACAAGUCGACACGAACUGGUCUUUUGAGUCAUAAUAAGAUCAUCAUUGGGCGUGGACAGCGCGUUACAUCCAGCGAAGAAGAAGACGAGGAGGCAACGACACAUACGAAGGUUGCUUGGGCGUACAUUGGGUCUGCAAACCUCUCAGCUGCGGCGUGGGGUCAGCUAUCAACCGACCGCGCGACCAAAACCCUCAAGGUGACAUGCCGCAAUUACGAAUGCGGUGUGAUCGUGCCUGUCGAUGCAGGAGAGCAAGCGGAAGAUGGUGAUGAGGUGCCGGGCCUUGAAGUUUUCAAGGGCACGUUGGACAUACCCUUCGAGAUACCCGGCGAGAAGUACGGCGACAAAAGCCCGUGGUAUUUUGCGAACUAG